GGCGCGGAGGCUGUCGGGAGCCUCCUCAGGGGCCCGCCCGGGCGCGGAGGCUGUCGGGAGGCUGUUGGGAGGCUGGGGGUUUGGAAGGAGUUGGCUGAGGGCGAAGAAGCUGUGGCGCCCAGCUGAGACGUCUGAGCUCCCGCCUUUGGGGGCCUCAGAAGUUUGUGAGAGAUGAAUUGGGUCGGGGGAUCCCGUACCAGGGUUCUGAUUAAGCAGGAGAGGAGAAAGCAAAAGGAAUAUUUUGAAAAGAAAAGGUUAAAAUCAAAAAUGAAAUUACUGGGGGUUUCAUCCCCUGUCAAAAAUUCCACUGUCAGUUUAGACCUUCUUAACCUAUAUAUGGUAAAUCACAUAUCUUGCCAGAAGAAAACACCUGAAACUGUGAGAAAACCAAUCCAUGUGAAUAUGUAUAGAGACAUAAAAAUGCCCCUAAGAAAGCAUAAUUUAGAACUUCCAAUGUCACCUGACUGUGUACCAUCUAACCUCUGCAUUGAUGAUAUAGAAAACAGACAAGGCAGCAAGAAACAACUUGCCCCAGUUCAGGUUCUUUUUUUCUUUUUUCAGCUUAGUAAAGUUAAUUAUUCUAAUUCCUUGGUCUCCAAAUUAAAUGAAAAUCAAGAUGUUCUCAGUCCAUCAUAUAAAACAGCACAGUAUGGGUCAUUAUUUGAAAGAUUAAACAGUCCAGGCAAUUGCAGUUUCCUUACUGGAAGAUCUGUUGUAGUUAUGGGUGAAGAAUGUGGAAGCAUGGAUGAGCAAAGACAGUCAGACUUCAUUACUGAAAAACAGUCAGCACAACAUAUUUGGGGAGAAAAUAGAAGAGAGGCUUCACAUUUUCUUGAAGAUGUGAACCAGUCAAAAGCCCACCUUAUAUCGGAGAAUUAUGACUCUUUUAUUAGUGAAAAUAUCAUCAAUUUAUUAAGCAUAGAUCAACAGAGGAUAAGGAAAACCUUUGACAAGUGUGAUUGUGACAGUAUGGGAGAUGCUUCUGCAAUCACAAGUUCUGAUAAAAAUGAUUCAACUGAUAGAUGCAUUAGAAGUAUUUUUACAGAUCCAGAAUUGACUUUUAGUAAUUCUACUUUUAAUAAAACAAGUUAUCCAGAAAAGUAUCAGCCAAGUAAGUAUCAAAAAGAGUACAACAAUAAUGAAAGAAAUAUUCUUAGUACAUCUUUUGAAAAGGAUUGUUACGUAGCCAGCUCUGAAAAAAAAGGAAAAUUUGAAAGUGAUUACCAAGAGAAGAUACCACAGAAUGAAAGCCAGAAAUAUCCAGUGAAACAUAUGGGUGAUAUCUCUUUGGAAGAAUUGCAUUCUAAGCAAUCGUGGGACUUUGGAUUUGGUGAGAUUCUGAUGGAAGGAGGAGGAACCUCUUCUUUAAAAGACAGACCAACAUCUACAAAAAUCUGUCACUCUUUAUUUUCAGAUCUUGAUUCUUCACAGAGUAGUCAGUCUACCUAUUACUCUCCAAGGCCAACAGAUAGUUGCUUCAGUUCUAGUUCAGAGAUGCCAUCUGAAGAUGAAGAUCAAAUAUUACAGCAAAUUGAAGAAUCAAAUAGGAGAUCCAUCAGAAUCAAAGAAACAACUAAUAAUUUUUAUCCAGAAGGGAUGCCAAAACUUCCACAUGAGAGAGAGGCAGAGAGACAGGCAGAGGGAGAAGCAGGCUCCAGGCAGGAAGCCCGACGUGGGACUCCAUCCUGGGUCUCCAGGAUCACACCCUGGGCUGAAGGUGGCGCUAAACCGCUGGGCCACCGGGGCUGCCCUUCAAUACUUUUAUAAAAGACAUGUUCAACAUUGGCAAGAUGAUUUAUAGUUACUAAUUUUAAUCUUGCUCAGAUUCUUUUCAAAAAUAAUUUUUAAAAUAUUUUAUUUAAAUUCAAUUUGCCAACAUACAGUAUAACACCCAGUGCUUAUCCCUUCCCAAAAAUAUUAGAUCAGAAUUUCUCAUUUAUAAAAUAUAGGCUUUGUUUCCAAUAUAACAUUUAUUUUUUGUUUCAAGAUUUUAAAUGUUUAUACUCUGAAAUUGACCAUUUGUAUGGAUAUAUUACAAAUUGUACAGUAGAGGGCAUUCUGAUACACUGAACAACAAAAAUAUAAUUGGUAGGAGUUUCUGUGCUUUUAAAGAAAAAAAGGCAGAUGACAUAUUGCAGUGUUAUAUGCACACAUAUCAUUCAGUAUGGUGCUGCAGGGGUUAUCUGAAGCAUUAUGAUUUAGAAACACUGACAACUGAUGUUUAAAUGGUAACAAUCUUACGUUUUUUUUUUUCAAUCUUAAGUUUUUUAGCUAGUUUUAGGAAGUUAUUUUUGCAGACUCAGAAAGCUUAAAGAGCUCCAAAGUAAUUUUCUUAAAGUAUUGGUAAUCAUCUCAUGAAAGGGGAAUAUAAUUAUCUGAUGUACAUUGAUAGUUUUUCAAAAGGCUAGAUUUUCAUUGUGAUUUAAACAAAAAGUAUUUCAUCAUGGAUUGAACAUUAUUUUGCAAAAAUAUAGCAAUGGAAAUCAAUAUAUAGAAAAAGAAGACUCUUUACUGGUGAUACUAGAAUAAGAUUGAGCUAUGGAUCUUAGGUGGUUUAAAAUAUCAAAUAAAUGGAUUUUUUUCCAAAUACUAAUGAAAAUGUACCAGUUGAAAGCACAUUCAUUACAAAAAUCUACACGUAGGGAACAUCUCGGUGGCUCAGUUAUUGGUUGAGCAUCUGCCUUUGGCUUGGGUUGUGAUCCCUGGGUCCUGGGAUCGAGUUCCGCAUCCGGCUCCCUGCAUGGAGCCUGCUUCUCCCUCUACCUAUGUCUCUGCCUCUCUCUGUGUCUCUCAUGAAAAAUAAAUAAAAUCCUUUUUAAAAAUCUGCAUAUAGUUAUAUUUUUAUCAGUAUUAUAAUGUAAUUAAGCUCAGUAAGGUAAAAAGGAAUGUCAGAGCUUUUUAGUACAGUGACCACAUAUAGAGCAGGGUAAAGUGCAGUGUGGUGAAGAAUGUAAACUUGCCCAAUAAGAGGUCUGCCUUUUGCCCUUGGCCUUCGGGAUGUAAUCUCUAAGCCCUUGGAGUGUCAUUCAUGCCUGAUUAGAAAUGUCUUUGUUAGCCUGGGACCUUAGGCCACACUAGAUAGUAACAGGAUGAUUUAGAAUGAGGCUUUGAGUCAAGCUGUAUCAGCUCAGCUUCUUAAGGCUAGAAACUGAGGUCAUCAUGUGCACAGUCAGCCAUGCCACUGUGGGGGAGCCCCAGUAAAGACUCUGGACACUAAGGUUUAGGUGAGCUUCCCUGGUUGCCAAUAUUCUGUGUGUUGUCACACACUGAUACCAGGAAAGUCUAUGACUGCAUAGAAGAGGACUACUGGAAGCUCUGCAUUAUUACUUUCCUAGAGUCUGUCCUGUAUGUUUCUUCCCUAGGCUGAUUUUUUUUUUCCCUAGGCUGAUUUUAAUCUGUAUUCUUUUCCCAUAAUAAACUGUAACUGUGAGUAUAACAGCUUUCAAU